UUGUAAAUUUCCGCUCUAACAAUAUGGCCGCCAGUUGUUUAGGGUAAUGUGGCGUUCGACAAAUCUGAGUGAAAUUGUUAAAAUACAAAACAGUGACGUAAAGAUGUAUAAAGUUUUGGGUGUUUUAUAGCAUUGUUCCAUGGAAAGAUAGCCCUGAAUAUUUUUUAGUUGGUGCAUUAAAUGCUAAUCGCUGAAAAAUUAAACAGUCAACAAACUUUUGUUUAUUUCAUUCAAGUGGAAAUAUUCAAUAUUCUCAAGGUGUAUAUGAGUAUGAACUAUCCAUACUGUAACUAAAAUAAGAAUUGAGGACUGACGUUGACACAUUAGGAACUAACAACUCCCUGAGUAACUAAAUUUAUUAAUUCUAAACUUAGAAAUGCAAAUCAACAUUGUGGACGUCAAGAAAUAAAUCAGAAACAAACUUCUCAAUGCAAUGGUAUGGCAAACUUGAAUUAUCAACAAGCGCCUAGAAGCCUCGUAAGUGGGGGCGUCGGUGGGCGCGUCGGUUCGGGUCUCGUUGGCGGAGUGUCAGGUCAUGUGACGCCAACAUUCGGUGGACCACUAUCACCAGGCCGGGGUGGAUCGACGGCGAUGCCCGGAGGUGCACCCCCGUCUAUGGCAUCAAGGUCAACACUAUUUGGACAGAGAGCAUUUGCUGACCGGAGGGUACCAAUGGCGACGCCACUGUCGCAAGCUAACUCAAAUUCUAUGUCAAGUAUGGCAAACCUGUCGCGUUUCAACGCGAGCAACAACUACCACUCGGUGUUCGGCGAGGGCGGGGACACGUCGACGCCGCCGCUGCUCGACCUGAGCGAGUUCCCGUCGCUGACGGCGCGAGGGGCGGGCGACCAGGCGCCGGCCGCGGCGCCGCCCCCGCCCGGCUCUAAACCUUACGUGGGUAUGGUCAAGCAGCCAACCGCAGAGCAGUCGGAGUUCACGAUGUCGUCGGAGGACUUCCCCGCGCUGCCGGGCACGUCGAGCGCGGGCGCGGGCGCGGGCGCGCUGCCGCCGCCGCAGCCCGCGCCGCACGAGUUCGCGCAUGCGCCCGACAAGCCGCCGCGCAAGGGCAUACAGACCUCGCCGGAAGGUAAAGUAACGAACAUCCCUGAGACAAUGAUACCGAAUCAGUUUGGCAUUGUUGGCCUGUUGACGUUCAUUCGUGCGGCGGAGUCGGACCCUAGUCUGGUGUCGCUAGCGUUGGGACAGGACCUUACUGCCCUGGGCCUGAACUUGAAUUCACCAGACAACCUUUAUUUAACCUUCGCGGGGCCUUGGGCGGAUACGCCUUGCAGGCCUCAAGAUAUGGACUAUCAUGUUCCUCCUGAAUACCUGAUAAACGGAUCAAUUAGGGAAAAAUUAGCACCUUUACGACUGAGUCGAUAUAAAGAGGAUUUACUUUUUUAUCUAUUUUACUGUUUCGUUGGAGACGUACUACAAAUUGCCGCCGCCGCUGAGUUAUAUAACCGGGAAUGGCGGUAUCACAUGGAGGAGAAGGUGUGGAUCUCGCAAGCGCCCGGCAUGCCGAUGGUCGAAAAGACGUCCACAUAUGAACGAGGCACCUAUUACUUUUUCGAUGCGCAUAAUUGGCGUAAGGUGGCGAAAGAAUUUCACCUGGACUACAGCAAGCUGGAGGGCCGGCCGCAGUUGCCGCCGCACGUGCUCACGUAGCGGCCGCACCUCUCUCACACUAUUUACGUAGUUUUGUUAUAUAAAAAGUACAAGUUA